AUGAUUCGCCGCUCGCCAACAAGUCUCUCUGUACAGGAGUCUGACGUCGAGACGCUCAAAGCAUAUCGACGAGCCAAGAUGAUGCAACACAAUCCCAUCCUCACUUCAUCCUCCUUCUCUUCGAUUCGACCGGAUGACUCUGGCUCGAUCCACGAUCAUCAGUACCACGCACGCCAAGAGUCAGAGCAAGACGAGCAGCAACGCCCCGGAACACAACUUGCUCUGUCACAGCAGGAGAAUCACAACCCGAAUCAAGCCACGAAUGCUGGCAACAAUACCUGA